ACCGUCCUCUCCUGCCCGCUCCAAGGGCAAAGUACAACGGUGCCCUCUCUUAUCAAAUCAAAUUAUUCUGGAUCCUUCCCCCCCACCCCGGAGAUCCAAAAGUCACUGGGGAAAAGAACAAGCGGGCUGACGGGGUGCUAGGAAGAACGACAGCCGCCCCUCGCACACUCCGACGUCCAUCGAGCACUGCAGGUCAACCAGGUUGCACAACCCUUGUCCUUUUACACACCCACGAAGGCGCGACUGGAAGGAGGAGCUGAACACAACAUUCCCCUAGGGAAUUGGCCGGUGGCCGCCAUGCAGCACUUCUCGGACGGUGAGGUUAGGAGCACCUGCAGCGACCCAGACCUCGAAGGCGAGGAGAAGACCUGCGCCGUGUGUGGGGACCGAGCCAGCGGCUACCACUUCCACGUCAUGACCUGCGAGGGCUGCAAAGGGUUCUUUCGGAGGACCGUGCUCAAGGGCAUCCAGUUUACUUGCCCCUUCACUCGGAGUUGCCCCAUCACGAAAGCCAAGCGCCGGCAAUGCCAGGCCUGUCGUUACCAGAAAUGCCUCUCGGUGGGCAUGAGGAAGGACAUGAUUAUGUCAGAGGAGGUGCUCUGUGUCCGCCGAGCGCUGCGGAGGCAGAAGAAGCCCAAGGCCCCGAUUCUCCCCACCGAACUGCCGGAGGAACACAGCCUCUCUCCGGACCAAGAGCAGCUCAUCGAGAUCCUCACAGAAGCACACAACAAAAACUUUGAUUCCACCUUCUCCCAGUUCAUCCACUACCAACCUCCGGUCCGACUCUUCUUCCACAGUCCGCCAACCCGAGGCCCUCAGGAAGUCCCGUCCGCUCCUCUGUUUCUUCUGCACUCCCACGAGCACAUGGAGGACAGCUCAGAGGAGGUCCUGCCUGAUGUCUUCUCCACCUUGCCCUUGUUUGCUGACCUCAGCACCUUCAUGAUCCAGCAAGUCAUCCGGUUUGCCAAGGCCAUCCCGGUGUUUAGAAAUUUGCCUAUGGAUGACCAGAUCUCCCUUCUCAAAGGAGCCACGCUGGAGAUCUGCCAGAUCCAGUUCAACACUGUUUUCAACGAGGAAACUAACACGUGGAAAUGUGGCCAUCACUGCUACAGCAUCCAAGAUGGUGCCCUGGCCGGAUUUCAGCAGGUUUAUUUAGAGCCGCUGCUGAAAUUCCACAUCAGUUUGCGAAAGCUACGACUGCACGAAGCCGAGUAUGUCCUGCUGCAGGCCCUAGCGUUGUUCUACCCAGCCUCUUGCUCUGUAGACCGCCUGGACGUUACCCAACGGGAGGAGAUAGAUCGGAUGCAGGAGAAGAUCGCCCUGACCCUGAAGAACUACAUUGACCAGUGGCAUCCGUUGCCCGAAGGCAGGUUUCUCUACGCCAAACUUCUCCUGCUGUUGACCGAGCUUCAGACGCUGAAAGUGGAGAACACCCGCCAGAUCCUUCACAUCCACGACACCCAGGAUCUCUCCUCCAUGACCCCGCUGCUCUCAGAAAUUAUCAGCUAAAUGUUUGGAUCAGGAGAAGCCCCCGCGUCGCUUUGCAAAAGCUAGGACCCAGAUACAGCAAAAAACAGGCUGGGCUAAAGUCCACCCAGCAGCUUCUACAGCUUGUCUUCUCCUGCAAGAGAUUUUUUAAAAAAUUGUUCUACCUCGUUUCCUGCUGGAAAAUCUCCCCGUGGCGCCUUCCGGCUCUGUCCCUGUUUGAGACGGCCCUCCGGAAAAGGAUGCGAGUUGGAAGAUGCUUUUCCCCUUGCUCCCAAACCUGUCAAAUUAGCCCCUGACCCAUCCUGCAGUUGGAAAAAGGCUGUAGGGUCAAGCAGAAGGGUGAGAAGGCCAUUAGAGAUUGUCUAAUGCCAUGUUUCUCAACCUUGGCGGCUUGCCGAUG